AUGGAUACCGAAGGAAAGAACACAGAUGCUGCAUAUGCUGCAGAUGCUGAGCUGCAGUUCGAAUCACCACCGCCAGCCUCUGAAGGCGAAGAGAUCGAGGUCGAGGAGGCAGACGAGACGAUGCCGGUGACACAGCCUGAUGUCUCGCAUCCUGAGGAGGAAGCUGUGGCGGAUCCUCAAUCCGUGGAACCAGAGAGUCUGAAGCCAGAGCCUGUGGAGCCCAUGGAGCCCAUGGAGCCCAUGGAGCCCGAAUCAACGGAAGCAACGGACCCAGAGCCGGCGUCGCCACAAGAGAAGGACCUGCCGGAGCUGAAAGCUCCAGAGCUUCCCAAAGAGGCGCAAGGACCUGCGCCAAAAUUGAGGAACUUUUUCCGGCGCCAUGCAGAGGAGGGUCGCAGACACAAUCCUGUGAGCACUUCGAAGAUUGGCAAGAUCGUCGCUCCGGCGGUUGAGAUCGUGGAGAAGGUGAACGAGGAAAAUGGCGAUGCUGGCGAUGCUGAUGACGAGGCUCAGAUUGGAGAGGAAAUGGAGCAUCCUGCGGAGCAUCCUGCGGAGCCGGCGGUAGACGUGCCUGAGCAGCCUGAAGAGCAGCCUGAGGAGCAGCCUGAGGAGCAGCCUGAGGAGCAGCCUGAGGAGCAGCCUGAGGAGCCGGAGCAGCCCGAGCAUCUUGCAGAGGAGCUUGAGCAGCCUCCAGAGUCAGAGCUGGCCAAUAUCGACAAGGCCGAACAGAGCCCAGAUCAGUCUGAGGCGAAGCUUGACAACAGUCUUGAAGACACUGGAACCCUGACAGAGGAUGCAAAAGUGGAGGGACAAGAAACAAGCCGUCCAUUCACAGAGGCUGAGGAGGCCUGUGUCCCAGAAGUACCAGCAUCUGGACGUGCAAGUCUUCGCAGUUCCGAGCCUGAAAGAAGGUCCAAGUCAGCUGCUCCCUUCUUGGCAGAGAUGCCAGAGCAGCGUGAGCUGGCAAGGCGUGUGUGGCGUGCUUCUGCGGUGCCAAGGGCUGGGAAGCCAAGAGUUCAGGAGACGUUGACACAUGUUCCACAAGUUCCACAAGGCCGAGGUGCUCCCCAUCGUCGAGAUGAGAACAGGAGAAUUCUACGAGGCAAGAACGGGCCUCGCUCCGUGUCUCCUCGAGAGGUGGCUUCUCGCAGAACUCCGUCAGCAGGCCGUGGCAAGCAAGCUGAGAAGGAGAAGGAACCGCGAGUGUGGAAGGCGCGGAAGUUUCAACCCGAGUCUUCAGCAAAGAUGCCAUUUACCAGGCCUCCACCUCCACCUCCAAUCGAGAUGCUGCCGGAAAUGACGUGGAAACCCCAGAAGGCGCCUGAGCGCGUUCGUGUACAUUGA